UGUUUUUUUUUCGCGAGUGUUUGACGGUCGUCUGUCUCGGGUCUGUCUCAUCACCGUCGCGUCGAAAAGGAUUUGCAGAGCUAAAAAGUAGAAGCAAAAGUGAUUUUCUUCACCCUCAGACACAAGAAAAUCGCACAAAACAACCAUCAGGAAAUGGUGUGCAUAUUCUCGGAAGGAUUACCGAGGUGGACGUGAUUGCAAACAAUCGAAUCGAAGCGGAAUAAUGCGUACGGGCCUAUCGGUAAUGUGUGACCCCAGAAGAGCAUAAUCUGUGCGUGGAAAAUUUGGCUUGUGCGUGUUACCGGGACCAGCGCAGGAGACAGCAGACCGGAGGGAGGCUGCACACAUCGCGACGACACGAGAAAGCGGGACAGGAACUCCCCGGAUAUAAAUAGUUCGUGGGAGCCAACCGGAUAUUCCCACGGGUCAGCAACCGGCGCUACGUCACCACAGCAUCACCGACGAUAGCAGCAGCACUUCCAGACUCAGACGCCAUCGGUCCCCGGGGAAUAGUAGCAUAGUAGGAGGUUUCAGAGACCGUAAGAUGUCCGGAACGACGGGAAAACGCAAGGAAAUCUACAAAUACCUGGCCCCAUGGCCGCUGUACUCGAUGAAUUGGUCCGUCCGGCCGGAUAAGCGCUUCCGACUGGCGCUGGGCAGCUUCGUGGAGGAGUACAACAACAAAGUGCAGAUCAUCAGUCUCGAUGAGGACACGAGCGAGUUCAGUGCGAAAAGCACAUUCGACCAUCCCUAUCCCACAACGAAAAUCAUGUGGAUCCCGGAUUCGAAGGGAGUGUUUCCGGAUCUGCUGGCCACCAGUGGAGACUACCUGCGAGUUUGGCGUGCCGGAGAACCCGACACGCGUCUGGAGUGUGUCCUUAACAACAAUAAAAACAGUGACUUCUGUGCCCCGUUGACGUCGUUUGACUGGAACGAGGUCGAUCCCAAUCUGGUAGGAACGUCUUCCAUCGAUACUACUUGUACGAUUUGGGGUUUGGAAACCGGGCAACCACUGGGUCGGAUAAAUUUGGUUUCUGGACAUGUGAAAACUCAGCUGAUUGCCCACGACAAGGAAGUUUACGAUAUUGCAUUUUCACGAGCUGGGGGCGGCCGGGACAUGUUUGCUUCCGUCGGUGCCGAUGGCAGUGUCCGAAUGUUCGACCUGCGUCACCUGGAGCACUCGACUAUCAUUUACGAAGAUCCGGCCCACACUCCGCUGCUGCGGUUGGCUUGGAACAAACAGGAUCCCAACUAUCUGGCCACGGUGGCCAUGGACUCGUGCGAAGUCAUCAUUCUGGACGUGCGAGUUCCGUGCACUCCGGUGGCCCGACUGAGCAAUCACCGGGCCUGCGUGAACGGCAUUGCCUGGGCGCCACAUAGUUCGUGCCACAUCUGCACGGCCGGCGACGACCACCAGGCGUUGAUAUGGGACAUUCAGCAGAUGCCGCGGCCGAUCGAGGAUCCGAUACUGGCGUACACGGCUGCCGAGGGCGAGGUCAAUCAGAUCCAGUGGGGUGCAACGCAGCCGGAUUGGAUUGCCAUCUGCUACAAGACGGCUUGCGAGAUUUUGAGGGUCUAAGCAAUUUUGAGGGAAAAUUGGGACGUAACGUUUAGUGCUCUUUUAGGUUUUAUUUUAGCAUUCUUUUUUAUGCGAUGCAGUUGAGCUUAAUCGAUGGGAUAUGAGACUGUUCAAUCAUAUAGUAGGACAAUUCCAUACAAUUUGGUUAUUGUAAAGUUUUGAAGACUUUUCCGAUUAUUUCAAAUGAUAUAAUAGAAGUUUUGAAUAAGACUCGAUUGCCAUCGGUUAUGAAUGACUGCUGAAAUUGUACAUAUGAAGACUGAUUUGGUUUCAUUUUUAUUGCCCUUAUGCUUUUCUAUCAUUUGAGUUCUUACUGCUAACUCUAAUUCCUCAUCUAUACGCUACAUACAUCGUCGAAGAUUGUGAUAGGAGUGGAGAUAUCAACCGACUUUUAAUUCUUUUACUGAUGUCUCAGGGUAGUAUACUAUCAAGAUUGCCUACGUGAACAACAAUACCUUGCGAUUUCAAUGGUUGAGUAACAGCUGCGCCCCGAUUAAUGAACCGUAUUCUUUAAUUUGAACAACUGAUCAGAAUGUUCUAAAUUCCAGGUCUGGUAGCAAGUCAUCAGGUUUCAUUUCUCCAAAAAAUAAUCAAAUAUAUUCGGGAUAUCACGCCCAAAGUUAUUCUAGACAUUAUUGUCAACAUUAAAAUUUCGCUACCAGCCCUGAAAUUGACUUGUCCAAACAAUCUCCAAGCUCACAAUCUUCUUCGCAUAUGUAUGGAAGAUUAGUUUUCAUUUGUACAUAACAUAUACACACAUCUUCCUUCCCUUCAUUUGCAUCACUGCAACCGAGAUAAAAAUUGCAAACAAAAUGCCACAAAUCACGAUAACGGGCACAUCUCGACGACAAACCACAGUCGUUGUCCGGUUGAACUCUUAAAUACAUCCUAUGCCUAUAUGUAUGUACGACGUUUGUUUUCGGUUCUUUCUUUAUAACCGCAAUCGGCAGAAACGACGACAGAGCGUGGCUAAAGCAUUUCGAUAAACGGCCUAGCCUCAUAGUCACCAAAAACACAUGCCCCCCGCUCGAAGUCGUCGAGACAGAUUUGAUUUCUAUCGUGUCCAACGAGAAACGGUCUAACGACGAGGAUGAUGAUUUUAAAGAAAACAUUCGAGGGAGGAAGCAAUCAAUUAAUUACGUGGAAACACAUCCAGUAGGCACAAACCAUCAUACAUAUUAUGAUUGUAAUUAAGUUUCAUUGAGUGGAUAAUGAGUAACAUCUAGCGAGUAAGGCACUUACAAACAGUGGUAAUCUUAAAGAAAAUUAGUGAGUAGUAGAUGUAAUAACAAGUGGAAUCUGAAAAACCGUGAACAUUAAUAUUAGAAGCAUAGUUCAAAACGUGGGAAACCUAACUUUAUCUAAUACAUUCGAUUGAACGGGGAACACAUAUUUCUAAUAACAUUGUGUUUCUCCAGGACACAUUUACUGACGACUAUAUAAAUAACAUUUGUAAGGAUAAUGCGGAACAAAAAUAAAUGAAGGUUUAACCGAA